ACGAUAUCUAUCCGAAACCGCAUCGAACGGAGAAGUAAUAUAUUUUGAUGGCGUUUUCUGGGAGUUUCGUCACUGAUCCGCGUCGCUUCGAACUAGAAGAAUUUAUCGAUGAGCAUGGAGAAUUAGACGACCAGUGUGAUUCUGAUGAUUCGGAAUGUGAUCCGAGUUACAGCUUUGAGGAAGAUACCAAUUCCAAGGUUUCAAGGAUCUCGAUCAGGAAGAAAUCGAAGUCGUCGGAAGUUGAAGAUAGGGAACUGAUCGCGCAAGAAUACUUAGAUUAUGUAGCGCCAGAGGUUCUGAAUCUAAAUGAAAAUGAUGAAAAAGAUAUUAGUGAAGUGCUAUCGAUCAUCAAAGUCUCUCCUUGUUCCUCACAUAACACAUUUCUCUAUCAUCCUUUGAGCCCAGCUGGUAAGCUAGAGAAACUCAAGGUAGAGCAAUGCAAGGCUUAUCUAAGAAAGAAUGGAUUGAGACUAACAGGAACCAAAGAUGUACUCAUUCAGCGUAUCAACGAGCAUUUGGAGAUUUUAAAUGGUGGAGGGGAGAAGAAAUAUCCAGAGUACAGCUUUACAGUAAAUUGUAAAGGUGAUGCUUGCAUGGGUGAUGUUGUUAUGUUUGAACAAAAAGUAUACGAGAUGUACAAUAUAGCAUCUAGGAGCUCCAUAGGUCCUUCGUGUGGAACAAGAACUGUUGCAGGCCGCAUUGUGAAAGAAAGUUAUGGUGCUUCUAAACAACAACAUACAUUUACGAUUGAAGUAUUGUGGAGUAAGGGUGAGAAACCACUUCCUCCACUUCAUCCCCUUUUAAUCAAGGGUCGAAAUCUUUAUCGGAUGAAGACUAUGAGACAGACUUGGGAAGAUGAAGGAGAAAGGCAAAAAGUUUUAAUGGAAAAACAUGCUAGGGGAUCACUUGCAAGAUCAACUAGGGAAGCACGUGUAGUAGAGAAAGAAAAAAGAAAAACGCACAAUGAAAACAGGAAAUCAAGGAGAGAAGGAUUUAGUGAGAAUCCCUCUCAGUCAAAUCUAUCUUCAGCAGGAACGAUGUUAGCUGAAACCAUGGUGAAGUUAUCCGUUGAUGCGAGAAAAGCGGUUCAUCCACAUCAGGAAAAAACUUUGUUCGGUAAUUCAGGAGAACCUCCUCGUCAACAUAACCCAACAAAGCAAUCAAAAUCAGAUGUGUUCAUUGAUCAUAGUAGACGGCCAUAUCAACUUCAGCCCAUGGUGAAUCCAGUGCAAAACAAUUACUUUAGCCAACCCCAAAUGAAAGCCGAUCCUCCUCCAGUAAGCUACAAUAUACAUCCCAGCAUUUACAGGGCUGAUCAUCCUGCUUCUAGACUGGCAAUGGGCCAAAUGAAUCUUUAUCCUAAAGUGAACCAACAUGCGGAAGAAAGCUACAAGCAACAACGAUGCCGUUAUUAUGCCGUAGGGAGGUGUCACUACGGGGAGAAUUGUAAAUUCUCGCAUGAAAUGGCACAAGAUUUUGCCGGAAGGGAGAAAGAAAGAUUGGGCCGCCAUCAUCAUCAUCAUCAUCAGAUGCAUCAAAAUGCUCGGCUUUGUCGGUAAGUAUGUGUAUAUGCUCUGAUAGAAUUUGGGUUCUAUUGAAUUUUGUUUUGGCAUUAAAAGGUAAGCGCAUUGGUGGUUACUUUGAUCACUUUUAUGAAGGGAAGUUAGAGUGGAAAUAUGGAAUACACCAUCCUAGGAAGAUUAGUAAUCCAACUAGGCAUGAAAGCAAUGGUAACGCAUGCUGCCUCUUCUUUGUUUGUAUCUCUUAUAUUAGGAGAAAGAAAAGUUGGAGGGGAAGGCGUAAACCUUUUGAGAGUGUUUCUUGACAAGGGUUCAUAAUCCGGUUAUUGCAUCUAACCGCCCCACGACAUAGUCACGUUUACCUACUUUUCUCGCUUCUUAAUAGUGAAGAUUAUUUGCACAUACCAAUACAAGUCAUUCAAG